GACCCUUCAAUACACUUCGCGCUGAGAAUAGCCCCAUCGGACUCAGCGCCGGCGCAAUGCCUCGCAUCAGCACCGUCGCAGUGGCUCGAAUCAGCAUGCAGCCUCACGCUCAGCUCGCGGUAGCCGUGCCCUAGCUCGCUCUGUUCACAGCGGCAUGGUACGAUUGACCCCGCCCGUUGCCCACAAUCACUGCCUUCCAUUCCCAUACAUAUCAAUAGAGCCGUAGAUCGAGCUUCAGGCCGUCCGCCAAACCACCGCAGCCGAAGUCAUGCGCGCAAAACACGACUACCAUACCGCCGCCCCGAUUCCGCCCCACGUGUCCCGCGACCAAGUCCUCGCCGCAUUGCAUGACCACACCACCUGCCUCACCCUCCAAGCACUCACCACGACGCAUUCGCUCCUCCCUACCACUGACCCCGCCACCCUCAAAGACACCUUCUGGUACCCGCCAGACACGUACCCUGUGUGCUCCUACCGCGUGACCGAAACCAUCGCUUUCCUCCCGUGGUUUUCGUGGGCAAAGUACCGCCUGACCUUCCCGUCUGUGUUCCAGAACACGCCAACGGGGCUGAAGACGCGCGCGGACACGGGCGGUGUAGUGCUGAGGGCCGAGUUCCGCGUGCUCGAGGGGAGCACGAUGGAAGGUAUUGUAGAGGGGGAAGGGGAGGGAUUGGGUGAGGUGGGAUGGGUGUUGGUGGAGGAUGUGGAGGUUGUGUGUGCGUGGUGGAUGAUGCCGCUUGUGCGGGGGAAGAUGGAGGAGGCGCACCGGGACAUCUGUCGGAAAGUGGUGGAGAAGGUUGUGAAAGAGGUGGCAAAGAGAGAAGGAGAGAACUGUGAUGUGGCCGUCCCGGGAGAAAAGAGGAUUGGCGAAGUGGACGGCGAUCACGACGUUCGUGUGGAUCCGCUGGCGCAAGAGGAGGACGCGUACGCUAGGGAAAGCGUUGACUUGACGACGAGAGACCAGGCGCCGGACAAGAUAACGUAUGCAUAAAUUGCGCCGGCUGUAUAUAACAACCAGCGUGGCCCUGGGCCACUGAUAUGACAGUAGUACGUAUACAUGCUGACCAAUCACACAUAAUGUCUAGAAAUCACAUUUACUCCACCAUCACUUAACCAGGACAACGCAUCUGAUUUGAGCUCCUAAGAUAAU